AUGGGCGCAUUACAUCAUGAAGACAGCUCCCUUCGAGGGGAUGAGUUUCAGAAACAAGAAAGAAUACCUUGGCGAAAUGUUGAUUAUUCUGGCCGAAAAAGUCACUAUGAUGGAACCGAACUCGCUAAGCGCCCAUCAGCGCUGAAUUUAACGAUUUCGAAAUUAUCUCAAAAUUGGGGCCAUUGCGCAGAGUUGGUACUCUUGAGGGCACUACAUGGACAAAGAAGAGCCCUGUUGACUGAGAUUGAUACUUCUAUGUGUAUUGUGCGAACGUGUGAUGAAAACAAUGAAACGAAUGGGCUUUGCAGAAAGAGUCGACCCAUGGUAGUUGACACAAUUAUUAAAUCCAAUCGUAACUCAGUAGCAACCUCACUUGGACAUGAGCUCCAAGGUCAAUAUCAAGACGAUGAUAUUGAUUAUGUGAAAGAAAGUUCUUGUAUAUUAUAUUGA